AUGACCGACGAAGAGCCCACACUUAACAUUCCUUCCCUUCUUACGUUAGCCGUUGUAUCGUUUUUUGUUCUGCGAUGGUUCUUUAACCGUGACGAUAGCUCCAGCGCCAACCGGCCCCGACGUGGGAAUGCCGUCGACCCUGCUCAAGUGGAGCAGAUCUCCCAGAUGUUCCCUCAGUUGAGUAGUCGCACCAUCAUGUGGGAUCUCCAGCGCAACGGUGGUAGCGUCGGGGCGACAACAGAGCGCAUCUUAAGUGGGCGGGGCUUGGACACGCCUCCUCCAUCAUUCCAACCUCCCCUCCCAACUGCCUCCACGAAUCGUCCGGUUGUUCCAGCUACAUCCUCAGCUGCGACAAAGCGGGACGGGCAAGACCUGAUUUCUAGAUAUAAUCUGAGCGAAAAGAUUACAAGUGAUAGCUCAGAAUCUGCUCAGGCAGCACUCUCUUCAAGCGCAUGGGCCCAGAACAAAGAAGAACGACAACGACUACUGCAGAAACGACGAGACGAAAUGAUUUUGGAAGCGCGGAGGAAGAUGGCGCAGAAGAACAAGCAAUGA